AUGAAGGUUCUGUUCUUUAACCCGUGGGCGCUGCAGAUGAAGGUUCUGUUCUUUAACCCGUGGGCGCUGCAGAUGAAGGUUCUGUUCUUUAACCCGUGGGCGCUGCAGAUGAAGGUUCUGUUCUUUAACCCGUGGGCGCUGCAGAUGAAGGUUCUGUUCUUUAACCCGUGGGCGCUGCAGAUGAAGGUUCUGUUCUUUAACCCGUGGGGGCUGCAGAUGAAGGUUCUGUUCUUUAACCCGUGGGGGCCGCAGAUGAAGGUUCUGUUCUUUAACCCGUGGGCGCCGCAGAUGAAGAUUCUGUUCUUUAAACCGUGGGCGCUGCAGAUGAAGGUUCUGUUCUUUAAACCGUGGGCGCCGCAGAUGAAGGUUCUGUUCUUUAACCCGUGGGCGCUGCAGAUGAAGAUGAAGGUUCUGUUCUUUAACCCGUGGGGGCCGCAGAUGAAGGUUCUGUUCUUUAACCCGUGGGCGCCGCAGAUGAAGGUUCUGUUCUUUAACCCGUGGGCGCUGCAGAUGAAGGUUCUGUUCUUUAACCCGUGGGGGCUGCAGAUGAAGGUUCUGUUCUUUAACCCGUGGGCGCCGCAGAUGAAGGUUCUGUUCUUUAACCUGUGGGCGCUGCAGAUGAAGGUUCUGUUCUUUAACCCGUGGGCGCCGCAGAUGAAGGUUCUGUUCUUUAACCCGUGGGCGCUGCAGAUGAAGGUUCUGUUCUUUAACCCGUGGGCGCCGCAGAUGAAGGUUCUGUUCUUUAACCCGUGGGCGCUGCAGAUGAAGGUUCUGUUCUUUAACCUGUGGGCGCUGCAGAUGAAGGUUCUGUUCUUUAACCUGUGGGCGCUGCCGAUGAAGGUUCUGUUCUUUAAACCGUGGGCGCUGCAGAUGAAGGUUCUGUUCUUUAACCCGUGGGCGCCGCAGAUGAAGGUUCUGUUCUUUAACCCGUGGGCGCUGCAGAUGAAGGUUCUGUUCUUUAACCCGUGGGCGCUGCAGAUGAAGGUUCUGUUCUUUAACCCGUGGGCGCUGCAGAUGAAGGUUCUGUUCUUUAACCCGUGGGCGCCGCAGAUGAAGGUUCUGUUCUUUAACCCGUGGGCGCUGCAGAUGAAGGUUCUGUUCUUUAACCUGUGGGCGCUGCAGAUGAAGGUUCUGUUCUUUAACCUGUGGGCGCUGCAGAUGAAGGUUCUGUUCUUUAACCUGUGGGCGCUGCCGAUGAAGGUUCUGUUCUUUAAACCGUGGGCGCUGCAGAUGAAGGUUCUGUUCUUUAACCCGUGGGCGCCGCAGAUGAAGGUUCUGUUCUUCAACCCGUGGGCGCUGCAGAUGAAGGUUCUGUUCUUUAACCCGUGGGCGCUGCAGAUGAAGGUUCUGUUCUUUAACCCGUGGGCGCUGCAGAUGAAGGUUCUGUUCUUUAACCCGUGGGCGCUGCAGAUGAAGGUUCUGUUCUUUAACCCGUGGGGGCCGCAGAUGAAGGUUCUGUUCUUUAAACCGUGGGCGCUGCAGAUGAAGGUUCUGUUCUUUAACCCGUGGGCGCUGCAGAUGAAGGUUCUGUUCUUUAACCCGUGGGCGCCGCAGAUGAAGGUUCUGUUCUUUAACCCGUGGGCGCUGCAGAUGAAGGUUCUGUUCUUUAACCCGUGGGCGCUGCAGAUGAAGGUUCUGUUCUUUAACCCGUGGGCGCUGCAGAUGAAGGUUCUGUUCUUUAACCCGUGGGCGCUGCAGAUGAAGGUUCUGUUCUUUAACCCUGGGGGCCGCAGAUGA